AUGUUACAACGCCAACUAUCGCGCCUAAACUUUAACAUUGUACAAAAGUGUGACCCACCUGACCACAUCAACAAAGAUAAUAAUAAAAUAUACUUUGCAGAUAAACAUAGAAGCAGUGACGGACCCAAAUCGGAUAUGAUUCGUGAAGAUAUCACCUCUGAACCUUUUAACGAUGAUGAUAUGAAUUACAGAGAUAGUGAUGAUUCUUACCGAACCAAAAGAUCCAUAGAGACCCAAAACUUCUUAUUCCACAUAAAGAACCCAAAAAUAAAAAAUAUUCUCACCAGUCGAUUGGAGACUCUAUUAGAAGCAUUAGAUGCUGAAGAACUACCACAGAACACAAAAACAGAGCAGACCAGAGAAAAGGAUGAAAUACAAGAAGUUCCACCAGAUCAUGUAGCUGUAGCAGAAGAAAGUAAAGUGCAAGAUGAUAUAAUUAAGAAGCGAAAAGAAGAAAACAUGUUACAUUUGACAAUGCACAAUGUACUGCUGCAAGGUAUUAUUGGGCAUAUGAACUUGAAUGAAGUUUAUAAAAGAGUUAACACACUAAUGAAGACUAUGGAUGAAGAACAAAAAGAGCAGACAGUCAAUGAAAGAUCAGAAGAAAAAUCAAUCAAAACUCAGCCAUCAGACGUAAAAAGUUUAUCAAAAUCAUCACUGGAUGACAGAUUGGUCGCAGAAUUGAUCAAAUGCAACGAUUUGCAAGAGCAGAUAUUAUCAAGUGCAGUGAAGCAGGUUGCCAAACAGGAGAGCUUAAAAUCACAGAGGGCUAAGUUUAUUGAAGGACCAGAACCGAGUACAAAGGAGCCUGAAGAAGAAUCCGAAGUGAAAGAAGAAGAAAGUGUAUCUGUUAAGGCUAACACUGAAGAUACCACUCAAAGGAAUUCUGAUGUUGCCGUAAAAACAAAAUUAGGACCUAAUCUUUUAAUCAAGACAACUGUGGACAUCAGGUCGAUUGAAAAUGAACGCAAUGAUACAAUCUCAAAGGAAAACGUACAUGGUAUAGUUGAAGUUAUAUAUAAUGGAAAGUCAAUGAAAUUUACAAAACCUGACAAAGAAGAGCCAAUCGUAGAAAAGGAAACGAAUAACAUUGUAAAUGAGAAAUUCACAAAUACCAGAGUUGAUACAGUUUCGGCAGAAUCUACAUCAGCAUCAAACCCCUCAGAUGAUGUCCAGACAUUGAAAAAAAAACCCAAAAUCUACCUCAACAAGGUCAUUGCCGAAUAUCUCAAGCAGUUUUCAAGUGAUAAUAAAGAUUUAUCUGAAGAAAUUAAAGAACACAUCGAAACUAAGCGUUUAAAACGUCAUGUCAAAAUAAAAUUUAAUAACGAAAAGUCAGGGACACAAGCUUCUAAUAUGGAAAUAACACCAACUAAAAAAGACACUGAAGACGAUGAAUUGUAUGUGGAGAUUGAAACACAUUUUGAUAGUAAAGGAAUGAAAGGUGAAAGAAAAAAGAAAUUAAUCAGGAGUUUGAUAGAUAAAAUACAAAAAGCUAUACAUUCUGAGGACAAUAAAAAAGUAGGGCCUGAAACCACAAAUAAAAUGUUAAAGGACAAACCAUUACAUGUCAAAAAACGUAUGCAAAACCCAUUGGAACAUAAAAAUCAGGGGUCAAGUAACAAAUAUAAUAAUUUGGUUCCUGUCAGUAAAAUAGUACACCGACAGUUGAAUCCUAUUAUUGUAACGCAAACUUUCCCAGGUGAAAGUACUAACAAUGGACCCAAUAUGAGAGAUAGAUCAGGCGAAGCUUGGAAGAAAGAAAUUGUAGGACCAGCAUUUUUGACUGCAACAAAAUCUAUUAAUUCAGCAGAGAUGAGUGAAGUAGAAGUGGACUAUAAUAGAGUACUUGACGUGAAUGGCAUACCACAGAGAUUACAAAAACCUUUGAAUACAGAUAUGAGUGAUGACAUUGAAAAACAAAAUUCAUAUUUUGAUUUAGGAAAUAUGAAAUUCUUUAUAAAGGAUAUUGAUGGUUCUGGAUUUUCUAUUGGUUUCAAUCAAUAUGUAGACGAAGCUCCAGAUCCUGAAACCAUUAAACUUUUUACGGGUUUAGAAAACGUUAUUAACACUUACCACCAGGACGUUGAUCAGGUACAAGAGGGACAAGGUGAGAGCUUAGAUCCUCAUGACGACCAGACUACUAAUGGUGCAAAAAAUAAUCAUAUAAUUGUCAGGAGAUCUGUAAACCAUCAACACGAUUAUCAUUCAAAUGAGUACAAGAUUAUCUAUGAUGGUAAUUUUCUCCCAUUUAAUGACUAUAAAGAUAUUUAUGAAAGAGAGAGCUCUAAGCCAAAUAUGGAAUAUAAAGAAAACCAAUAUCGAGAUUCGCCAUUGAUUGUUGAUGAACAUAUAUUUGACAAAAAUUUAAAACCUGCUGAAAUAUUUGGACUAGCUAACCUCUUUCGUAAGAAACGAGCUUUAAAGGUCAAAAAAAUAUCAAACUUAAAAAGCAAAAUUAAAUUAAACAGAUACUUGAACACUAAAGCUAUGUCUACUAAAAGGAUAUUCUUGAAAAAAAAGAGGCAUAAGAGACAAAUUAGUAAAAUAAGAAUCAUCGCAUCAGAUAUGCCUUACAAACGUUCAAGCGAUGGAAACAUUUUUCUAGUUUCUGGUGAAAAUGUAUUCGCUGAUAGAGCUAUUGUUAAAGAUGUUGAAGCAGCGGAAGCUGAUAGUGAAAAGAAUGAAGAUUCAGACUACACACUUUACCAACCAGAGGACGUAGGUGAAUCUCUCUACAAAGAGUUCGAAAAAAAGUCUAGGAAAAAUAACUUGAUGUCCAAGUACCCUCACGUGUUUAUGGAAGAAAUUUCAAAGUCGAAAGAAGAUUUUUCCCCCGCACAUAGCUUGUUAUUUCAUAAGCUGCCAGACUACAAACGAUCUCCCACAUAUAACAUAGAUAGUGAAAAUGCGGAUGAUAAUUUCAUGACAGAUACAUCUAGCACAAUACAACCGGAAUCUGAAGUUACGAUGGCACCAUUCGACAAAAUUGAAGGCGUACACGACAUUCUUGCAGCCUUACAAGCUCCUAAAACAAACUACAAAGUUACUGUAAAGGUAAUACCAAAAAACCAGACCAAUAAUAUGCAUCCAGGAUUUAAAGAAAUACAUACCAGUAUCAAUAAAAUAUACAACAAAAAUGGUCUAACGUAUAGUUCUUUAGUUAAUGUAUCAGAAAUAUCAAAUAUUACUCAUGUCCACGUUAAUAAAACUGAACAUAAAGCACCAGAUUAUACCAAAGCCGCUGAUGAAUAUUUAGCAAAACAGUUUAAGACACAGCAUGAAAAGAUGCAAACACUAUUAAAACAACAUCAAAAACUAAUAAAUGAACAACUAUCAAAAUUAAAUAAAGAAAAAAGUAAUUUAGAAUCAAUAUUGAUUGAUGAAAAUAACACAGUGGUGCCACAUUUUGAUUACUUUGAUUUGAUGACGCCUUCAAAGUCGCAUAAACUUUUACAUAUGAGUAGAGAUGAGGUCAAAAAAAUGGCUGAUGAAAUUCUAAAAAAUAAAAGAAAAGAUAUUUUUAAUACCGAAACAACCACAGUAAAGACUACGCCUAUUACGACUUCGACCACUACGAUUUUGAACACACCAUCAACGACUACUGAACACCCUGAACCUAUAACUAUUAAAACAACCAUGUCAACACACCCAUCAAUUUUCACGGAAAAGUUAAAAAACAAUAUACUCCACACUAUUGAACGUAACGAGAAAUUAACAGAUCAAAUAUUAAGGAAAGUCGAUAAAAACACAGAAAUACUACAAUCAUUUCUAACCAAACUAACCAAUACAAUAGACAAUCAAAAAACUGAUUUAAGGGCUCCUACGACAACAAAAGAAGGAGUAACUGAACUGUAUAUACCAAAAUUUGAACAUAUGCAACCGUUUUCGAUAGACUGGAGACAGCACGGAGCAAUUCCUUAUAAUCCGAGUUUGAUAAAAAAAAACAGUUCUCACAUAUCCAUACCAUUCUUGUACGCUUACCAACAUCCAUUAAUGCCAUUAAAAGGGAAUUCUCCAGUAGCUAGUGUUGUAUACCACGGUACGAUCCACACGAAUUCUUUACACUUAAAAGAUGUUGCAGUGGAGAAAGAGAAGAUCCAGCCGACUCACAAAAUUCCGACUUCAAAGAAUCAAACAAGAUUUUUUCUUGACGAUGUAGAAAGUGAUUAUAAACUGCAACAUCCCACAAGACUGGUGUACAAAUCUAACGAUGGUUCUACUCUUUCCGUUUCUGAUUCUUACGUUGAGAAACCAACCCUUAAAGAAAUUAUAUACUAUCAUCUCAUAGAGAAGCCUUACCCCGAGGAACAGGAACAAGGAAAGACUAAGGCUGAAACCCCCGAAGACACCAUCGAUUUAGUUGAAGAUGUAGAAAUUGACCCACGGAAGGAUGAACCAGCCAAGAAUAGCUACUUUACUGAGAAUUGGGUACCGUUUACAUCAGAUCUAUCCAGAAAGCACACCCAACAACUUCCAGAGUACGUGAGGGAAAUAUUUACGGAGCAAAAACCAGUGGUUAAAUCACACAACCCAAAAUACGCCUACGUCGUUGGACAUAUAUCAAGUAUACUGGCUGAAAAGGAGAAUGAGGUAAUAGGUGAUAAUGAACUAGAUUCAGAAUCAAGCAGUGACGAAUCAGAUAUAGUUGAUGAUACUCCUAGUUAUACCGAAGAACCUAAUGUUGUUGAAUACUUGGAAUAUGAUGAGCUUGAUGAAAAUAAUAGUUCUGAAGAUGAUGCUGACGUGUCUAUUGAGAAAGAGAAAGACUUUAACAAGGGUAAUAAACCAGAAGCAAGUGGUAUCUUUCUAGAAAGCACGACUAUUAGAUAUAAUAAAGAUUCUGGAGAAAAUUCUAAAGUUAGUGAUAACUCCGAAGACGAUUGGACAGAUAAUACCGCUCUGGAUGAUGAUAGUGAUAGUAAUGAAGACAGCGGCUCGCUUGAAGAUGAAGAGAUUGAAUGUGAAGAUGGAAAAGUUUGUGAUGAAUCUGGUGAAGGCACAAAUACAAAUUUUGAUGAUAUUUUAAAUGAAAUACACCAAAUAUUCAUAAAAGAGAAUUCAACAAUUGAACUGUCGCCAGCAACGAUCGAUAAUCAACAAAACUUUAACGUCUUAAGCCUUCUUCAAAAUGUUUUAAAAGAACACAGUAAAUCAACUAAUCAAAGCAUUGUUAUUCAAACGAACCAAAAUCAACCAAGCUUUCUUGACGCAUUAAGAGGAUUGUUUACUAAUAUAGUCAAGAAUAACGUAGUCAUAAAUAACCAUGUACCUGUAAUGCCUGUACAUAUCGCAGCUGAAAAAGAUAGACUAAAUGACAGAGAAAAGCCAAAUGAAAACACUAAAAAACCUAUCUCUGAACAAAACUUUAAAGAACACGGUACAACAACUGAAAGCCCAAAAGAGACUAAUCUAUCUAAUUAUAUUGACCAAAGUAAGGAUAAAGAUUUCACAGCGCCGCCAUUAGAGUCAACCACUGCUACUGCCAUCGUCAUUAAUGCCACAGAAAUUGAUAAAAAUAAAUCAAACGACACUGACAAACUUAUCAACUCAACGUCGACUCAAGUAAGUUCUACCACACUCGCGAUGGAAACAGAAUCAUCAAGCAUCAGGACAGAGAAACCUACGACUCCUGGGGAACAAGAACCUACCACUUCUAAUCCCAAUAAAAUCGAAAAUAAUGCUACAAAUGAAAAAGAAGAUGGCGCUGAUGUAAACAAAAAAAUAGACUUCAUGUUGGAUUUAGUAAAUAAUAAAAACUUUUGGGAAUUUAUGGGAGAUUUAGGUGGGAAAUACCUGGAGUCUUUGAUGGCGCAUACUCAAUCUGUAAUCAAAGAACAAAUUACAACUCAAGUUAAGGAACAUUUUGAUGCCCUUAAUAAAUAUGACGAAAAACUUUUGGAGAAGAAGGAUGAAGUGAAAGAAAACAAGCCUGUAAAAGAACCGAAAGAGAACGCUGGUGGAAAGAACAGAGAAGCUAAAAAUAUAAAUGAAACAGUAUCAAUCAAAGCACACAAUUUGUUUGGAAACACAGUAGGCAACGACAAAGUAACAAACGUAUACGUUUUUUAUGCAAACGAACACAUAGAUGAAAUCAUUAAAAAUAUUCAUGAAAUUGCAAACAAAACCAAACCAGUAAACAGUACUAAUAUAUUUACAUUCAUUUCAAAUCAAUUUGAAGUAAAUAACGGAACAAGCAAACCUACAACUCCAAUUGUAAGUGAAGUGACUACUGAACUUCCUAAAAAAACAGUCAAUCAUGUUGGUGAUAAAACAAAUAAUGAGCAAAAUCCAACAAAUGAGCAAAAUGAAACUACAGCUAAUAUAUCUGAUAUCAAAAACCCUAACAUUGUCGGUAAUCAAAGUGAAACAGAUUCAAAUUGCCAUCACGAUAAGUCUCGUUGUGAUAAAAUCGAAAAUAGUACUAAUCCUACUGUAAACACUGAUCAAGAUUACAACAUCACAGUUCAUCCAACGCAAAAUUCAGUAGCUUCAACAACUGUUAGCAAGGAACAGACUCCUGAAGUUGAGACCACCCCUGUCGUUGAUUUAAAACCUGAUAAAGUUCCUGUUACUGAAACUACUGACACACUAAUGCCAAAUACAGAUAAAAUUUCAUCGACGGAGCCCAUCACGGCAAAAAUCGAUAUUACAACCGAAUCUAUAGCAGCAGCACAUACUACUGUGACCCAGGUAACUAGCAUUGAAGUACAGACUGAAAUUAGCCAACAUACCACACAUUUUGAAGCCACAACUAACGCUGACCUCACAACAGAAUCUGUUAUUUCGAAAGGAACUACAAUAGCAGAUGUUACAAUUGAAAGUUCUACGGAAAGAAACGACGACAUUAACCACAAAAAUAAUGAAACUUCAUUAAACAUAAACACUAUCGAUGAUUAUAAAGACAAAAUUACUACGGAAAAUGUAAAACCUGUGACAGAUAAUAUUAGUUCGUCAACAGAAAGUACUUCUACAAUACAACUUACAACAUUAGUUAUAACAACUUUAAGUACUACAGAGAAAAUAGAAGGCGUCAAUAACCUAAGUAAUGAAAUUCCACAAAAUACAUCCUCUAGAGAAGAUGAUAAAGAUAAAGUGACAACGGAAAGUAUGAAACCUGUAACAAGUUAUAUUAGUUCCACAACCGAAGUUAUUUCUACAGUAUCAGGUGUAACAAUUGACAGUACUUCAGAAAAACACGAUGUCACUAGUGAUGAUAAUAAAGUUACUACGGAAAGCUCGAAUUCAGUGACAAGUGAUAUUACUUCGACAGCGAAAGUUACUUCUAAAGCAUCAGAUACAAUAAUUGAAAGUAUAACAGAAAAACACGACGUCACUAUUAAUGACGAUAAAGCUGAAGUUACUACGGAAAGUAUGAAACCUGUGGCAACGGAAAUUAGUUCGACAACGGAAGUUAUUUCUACAGUAUCAGGUGUAACAAUUAACAGUACUUCAGAAAAACACGACAUCACUAGUGAUGAUGAUAAAGCUAAAGUUACUACGGAAAGUAUGAAACCUGUGACAAGUGAUAUUACUUCGACAGCGGCAGUUACUUCUACAGUAUCAGAGACAACAAUUGAAAGUACAACAGAAAAACACGACGUCACUAGUGAUGAUGAUAAAGCAAAAGUUACUACGGAAAGUAUGAAACCUGUGACAAGUGAAAUUAGUUCGACAACGGAAGUUAUUUCUAAAGUAUCAGGUGUAACAAUUAACAGUACUUCAGAAAAACACGACGUCACUAGUGAUGAUAAUAAAGCUAAAGCUACUACGGAAAGUACGAAACCUGUGACAAGUGAUAUUAGUUCGACAACGGCAGUUACUUCUAGAGUAUCAGAUACAACAAUUGUAAGUAGUACAGAAAAACACGACGUUACUGAUUCUCUUACAAAUAAUAUAAAAUUAACGACCGAAGCUGUUAAUACAGAAACUGUUGAUAUUUCCGUGGAUCAAGCUGACAAAAAUCAUACAAUACUUAAUAUUGAAAAUAGUAAUUCUACUGCUAAUCAUAGUGAAAUUUUAUCAACCACGGAGAGUCCUGAACACAAAACCGACAGUAUUAGUAUUACUACAGAAACUGUGACAGAGAAAACAGCAGAUAAUACUAAAUCGACUAAGGAUGAAAGUCACAUUACAACGGAAAAGUUCGAAUCGACUAGAGCAGAUACGGAAGUAAAGGAAGCUACUGAAUCGACAACAGAGAAACAUGAGGAAGACAAAUCAUGA